GAGAGAAAGUGGAAGAAGGACAGGCUUCACGUUUCCAUGGAAAUGUUCAAACACAGCUUAACAGAGUAUCAGGCUGCUGUCAGAACUGCCAAGGCUAAUUUUAUUCGUAAUUUAGUGUCUGUAAAUAUUAGCAAGCCUCAGAUUCUUUUUGAUUCUUUGAAUUCUCUCCUGAAUCCUUCUGAUUCUUCUGGUUUGACUCCCUCUGUUUUACUUUGUGAAGGRUUUUUAACAUAUUUUAAUGAAAAAGUCCGUGCUGUCAGGUUUUUACCCACUCAUUGCACUCCUGAUCCUGCUUUGCCUCCUGUUUCCUCAGCUAUUUUAGAUCAUUUUGAACCUGUGUCCUUAUCUGAGGUUUCUGAAAUAGCCUUGAAGCUGAGGCCUUCACAUUGUCCUGGUGACAGUGUUCCACCUAGGCUGCUGAAGGAGGUUUUUAAUUCUGUAGGUCCAUGGAUUUUAAAUUUUCUUAACACCUCUCUCUCUUCAGGUUGUGUUCCAGCAGCAUUUAAACAUGCUGUGGUCCAACCACUUCUUAAGAAGAGCAACUUGGAUCCUACAGUUCUGUCAAACUUUAGGCCAAUUUCUAAAUUGCCCUUUCUUUCAAAACUUUUAGAGAAGGUUGUUUUUAUUCAGYUACAUGAGCACCUAUGUCUUAAUGAUAUUUAUGAGAAGUUUCAGUCUGGUUUUAAGUCUUGUCACAGCACUGAAACUGCACUUCUCAGGGUGUGCAAUGAUUUAUUUUUAACUGCUGACUCUGGUGAUUCUACUGUUUUAAUCCUUCUUGAUCUUACUGCUGCAUUUGAUACAGUAGAUCAUGACAUUUUAAUAUCAAGGCUGGAGACUUCUGUUGGUAUGAAAGGUACAGUUUUAAAAUGGUUUAGGUCCUACUUGUCUAACAGAAGCUUCUCGGUCCAGUUGGGACAGCUUUUUUCUUCUGUUGCUCACCUUCAGUAUGGAGUACCUCAAGGCUCCAUAUUAGGGCCAAUUUUAUUUUCAUUGUACUUGCUCCCCCUGGGAUCUAUUUUUCGCAAAUAUAACGUGUCAUACCAUUUUUAUGCUGAUGACAUUCAGGUCUAUCUUCCAUUAAGAUCUAGUGGAUCCCAGUCUGUUAAUGGGUUACUUGAAUGCUUAAAAGAUGUGMGAGCAUGGAUGGACCUGAACUUUCUGUAUCUUAAUGAUAAAAAGACAGAGGUCAUUUUAUUCGGUAACUCUGAUAAACUGACAGGAUGCAGUAGUGCUGUUGGACCACUGGACCCUUUGYCUGGCCGUGUGUCUGUUAGAAAUCUUGGGGUGAUUUUGGAUUCUGAUUUUAAAUUUAAAGAACAGGUCAGUGCAGUAGUCCAGUCUAGCUUUUAUCAUCUGAGACUUAUAAGUAAAGUCAAGGAUUACCUUCCUCAUAAUGCCCUUGAGAGGGUAAUUCAUGCUUUUAUCACUUCUAGACUGGACUACUGCAACUCUCUUUAUUGUGGGAUGGAUCAGUCUUUGGUUCGUCGUCUACAGCUGGUUCAGAACUCAGCUGCCCGUUUAUUAACAGGGACAAGACGUCGCCAACACAUCACUCCGAUUUUGUAUUCUCUUCACUGGUUGCCUGUUUCUUUUAGAAUUGUUUUUAAGAUUUUGUUUUUAGUUUUUAAAUGUCUAAAUGGUUUGGCACCUCAUUAUCUCACUGAGCUUUUACAGCCUCACAUUCCUAAUAGAUCCCUGAGAUSUGUAAAUCUAAAGCUUUUAGUUGUUCCCAGGUUUCGGCUUGUGACCAGGGGAGACAGAGCCUUUUCAGUUGCAGGACCUCGGCUCUGGAACAACCUCCCACUGUCUGUGAGGUCUGCUGGGUCUCUGAAUGAGUUUAAGUCUCUGCUAAAAACUCUUCUGUUUAAACAGGCAUUUGAGUCUGAAGAGCAGGAUCAUUAGGCCAGCCUUUGUUUUGUUU